AUAGGGCAUGCGCAGAAGGGAUCGUUCGAGUUGUUUUUAUAACGCGUUUUCUGUCGGAACGAUACUAAAUUCAAUUUUAAAAGUGUUUAAGGGUGUAGUUUUGUAAUAUCUACUAAUUGAAUACUUCAUCAACGUACAAACAAGUAUAAUAUACUUCAAAAUGCCCCAUGAUGGAAUUGCUACAUUAGAAGACCGAUUGGACAGAAUAAGUUCUCAAUUAGAGAACAAAAGUGUUCUAGAAAGAGUCACUGAAUUAGUUGAAUCACGAUUGGUAGAUUGUGGUUGGAAAGAUCAAAUAAAAUUAACCCUAAGAAAAAUGUUGGAGGAAGAUAAAGAACAUACAUGGACUGUAGAUGAACUUAUUCAGGUUGUCACACCAAAGGCAAGAGGCAUGGUUCCUGACACGGUAAAACGAGAAUUACUUCAUGAACUGGAGAAGAUUUUUACAAGAAUAGAUGACUUGCAUUAUAAUAAAUCACUGUUGAAUAAAAUUAAGGAUUGGUAUGAAAACAGUCUUCAAGUUUUAUGGCAAGUUUAUUUGAAAAAUUGAAGAAUGCAAUAGUACCUCUGUAGCUUAAAAAGCUGAUAUUCCUGUUAUGGCCCUUCCUAAUAUUAAGGCAUGUAUAUCAUGAGUUCCUACAAAGCAAGUAAUAAAGUAAAGACAAAUUAAA